AUGGGGACCGAGGUGCGCAAAUUCCAGCUGCAGUGCGAGCCCGCCGGAAAGCUGAGCUUCACGCGGGACGCGGCGACGGGCGCCGUCCGCGCCAAGCUCAAGAUCACCAACAAGAGCGACACGCGCCAAGCUUUUAAGGUGAAAUGCACGCGGAACGACCUGUUCAAGAUUCGGCCAUCGAUGGGACUGCUCGAGUACCGCGAGGAGGCCAUCGUCGAAAUUGAGUACAGGCCAAAAGAAGGCGAGGUGCCCGACGAGGAGCGCCAGCACUUUGGCGUCUACCAUAUCCCCGCCCCGGAGGGCUGCACGGCUGAGGGUGCGUGGAUGGAACACUACGGACAGCCACAGGGCGAUACACGCCUUCGCGUUCGCUUUGACGUCCCCAAGGUGGCUUUCGAGGGCAAGGAG